UGAGCGUUGCGUGUUUAUAACGGAAUACAGUCUAAAAUAUACGUUUAAUAUUGCGAUAAAAGGAAUUUAAUAUCCAUAAAAUAUUAUGAGCAAAUAAUUACCUUGUAACCGUUACUUGAUGUUAUUGAAUACAAUAGUAAAGUGCAGAAGUGUAUAUAUAUUGUGAUUUUUUAACUUAGAUUUACAACUUUGUAGUAUAAGGGACAAAUUAGGUAUGGAUGAGGUUAUAGAUAGUUUUGCAUGGACCCGCCAACUUUAUUGUCCACUAGCAAUAUACAACAAUUCAGUACAAAAAAGAUUAUGCAAAGGAGUACUGGAGCUCCUAUGGGAAGAUAUUUCUCCUUCCAUACUUCCUAUGGCUGAAAUACAAAAAAUAAGGAAGAACAUUUUACUGUACAAGCUACGGCAUAGAUUGGAUGAUUUCACAAUUGCAACCGUAAAGGAUUUAAAACGAUUGAGGUCUAAUAGUGACACAUUACAAAAUCAAAUAGCACUGAUUAAAGAAAACUGUGAAGAUCUAGAUUAUAAUAUCAGAGAGAAAAUACAGCUGUUAAAGAACAUAAGAACCAAAUGUUCUACAAUCAGUAUUAGAAAAAAUUUUAUAAAACUAAAACAUAAUGAAACAAGUCAACAAUUAAAAGACUGUGGUGUUAUGAGUAGAGUGUGUCAAUGUUUAAUAUUAAACACAGCUAAGGACAUAGAUGAGAAUAAAUUGAGAGAGAACCUAAAUAUAAUAGCAAAUUUACGUUCAACAGCAGACAGGAAGCAAAUCUGGAGAAAUGUAUCGAGCUCUCUUGCUGACAUUGACACACAUACAUUGUGGACAUAUUUGUAUCAAGCAUUGUCACAGGACUUAGACAUGUUAAUGAAGUUGGAAAUUAAAGAUAUCAGCAGUUUUCCUACAAUAGGUGAAAAUAUAGACAUCAGUAUUGCAAAAGCGUGUGGCCAACAAAUAUGCAUGAUAUUAAGACGUAUGUUAUCUAAUACUAAGGCCAACAAGUACCAACAGCAUAUAAUGGAAUUCAUAGGAUUAGUAGAGUCGUUGUCCCAUGAAGAUAUAAGCCAAUGGUUAACUCUGACAUUGGAGAUAAAGAAGCUAGAGACUGAGCAGGCGUGCCUGCAGAACGAGACGCAGAAACUGAAAAACGAUAUCCAAGACAAUUCUUUGCUGAAUUUCGAGAUAGCUCGUUUGACGACCGAUAUAGAAACAAUCGAUGCGCAGAUGGACGAGUACGUGAAAAAUAUCCAACAAUCCAUAACCAUCUUGAACUCCACCGCCUCGCUUAUGUUCGAAGCGAAAGAAAAGUUGCACUGUGAGCUGCAGAAAAUAGCGGCGUUGCAGAUCAAGGAUUAUAAUCCGAGAUGGCUAAGUAACGCACUGAAUGUAGAGCUGGACGUGUUCUAUUAUAGUUUAGAUCUUAACGCUUUGCAGAAAAUAAUGUUGAAAGGAGAUGUGGGUCAAUACAGACACGCAAUCCGCGGUUUCAACAGAGCCUCCGUGAUGGCGAUCAAUCCGCAGUGUUCGAAAAUUAAGUCUUAUUUUCCGAUGAUACACACGCCGAUAUACACUCUCAUAGAUUGUUAUAAAGACUCGGCCGCUAAUGCAAUUUAUAUAAAAUCGCAGUGUUCUAUACCGACGGAGGACAUCAAAUGCACGAUGAAAUCGAUGCCAUCGCGAGAAAAGUACAAUGACAUCAGCCUGAAUUUAUUGUGCCUUUCCAGGAUAGUUUACAAUCAAGUACGAAAGGAGAUCGGGAGUUUUAAUGCAACUUUAGACUCCUGGACAAACCAAAACGUACAAGAAGUGAUGGAGCUCAUCAAAACCACCGUAGACGACGUGCCUUUCAAAGACUGGAUGCAGCGUUACAGUUUAUUGUUGUACAUGAUACAAAAGGCCAAUUAAUUGAAACUGUUCCACCACACUUCAUUAACACGCUGUUACGUUAUCUUGAUGAAAUUCAUUUUUACUUGUGCUGUUUGUUUGUAAAAUAUCAGAGCCAGCGAUUUUCACAUGGGUAUAUAUAUGCGUGCACACACAUGUGAAUGUUUUCUUUCUUUCUCAUUUUCGUUUUUUUCGGAAAUUAUGAUAUAAAAUGCUGCAGUAUAUGUUUUUAUCUACGAUUAUUAUAAUUGUUAUAUAUUAAAUGUAUGUUUCCGCAAAUAAGUAAAUAUUAAGCUAG